AUGCUCCUCAAAUCUAUUGCGGUCGCUUUCGUGGCGUUGACAGGCCUGGCAUCUGCCAUGCCUACAGAUGUCACCGCUCAACCUGCCUCAACUCUCAAGACUAGAGCCAACGUCCCUCGUUCGGUUUUCGCCCACUACAUGCUUGGCCUCACCAGCGGCCAGAGCUACGAAGAAUGGCAAACCGAGAUCAACGACGCCAAGGGAUCUGGAAUAGACGGCUUCGCCUUGAACGCCGGUCCGGACGAUGCUUGGAAUGCUGAUCAGCUGGCGAAUGCUUUCAACGCUGCCGACGCUGCGGGUUUCAAACUCUUCAUCUCUUUCGAUAUGGGCGACCAAUACAAUUGGUCGGUUGAUCAGGUCACUAGUUGGAUUAACUCUUGGAAGGGACGCUCAAGUUACUUCAGUGUCGAUGGGCUUCCGUUUGUGUCUACCUUUGGAGGCCCUGGCUGGGCCGAUAACUGGGCUGCAGUUCGCUCUGGCACUGGUGGCAUCUUCCUUGUCCCCGAAUGGGCUUCCAUAGGCCCAGCCGGCGUUGCCAACCAGUUGGACAAGAUUGAUGGAGCUUUUAGCUGGAAUUCGUGGCCCAAGGCCAACGGACAGAUCAUGUUCCCAAAUGAGGACCGGGAUUAUCAACAAGUCUUGGGCGACAAGGCGUACAUGAUGGGUGUCAGCCCCUACUUCUACGUUGACCUGCCUAACUGGGGUAAAAACUGGUAUUCAUCUAGCGACUCUCUCUGGUUCGACCGUCUCAAGAUGACCCAAGAGGUUAUGCCAAGUCUGAUCCAGAUCAUCACCUGGAACGACUACAGCGAAUCGAGUUACCUUAAGGCCCCUGUCGCUCACCAGAUUGUCUCCGGCGCCGAGGCAUACGUCAACGGCCACGACCAUACAGCUCUCCGCUUUGUUCUGCCCUACUUCAUCAACUCUUACAAAGCUGGAACUACUGAUGGUAUCAACAUCGAUUCCGAGGGCGCGGUUGUCUGGUACCGCACAACUCCCAAGAGCGUCUGCGGUGACGGUGGUACCGUAUGGGGCCAAGGCGGCUCUCAGUCCGCAACUCUGGGCACAGAAGAUGUUGUGUCUGUCAUCGCUUUGCGCAACGAUGCCGGGACUGUCGACAUCACUGUUGGCGGGGUUACAACCACCGCCUCUGCCAUCAACCAAAUCGGCAAGGCUUAUCACUACAAGGUUCCUCUCAACGGCCGUACCGGAGAUGUCACAGUCUCCUUCAACGGCCUUUCAGCCACCGGCCCAUCUAUCACGGACGCCUGCCCUUCGACUGGAAACGUCAACUUCAACGCCGUUUCUUUCCAAGUAUAG